UUUGGCUAUUUCUAUGGGAGCGUCAUAUUCCUCAACGCUCUUUUUCUUUGGGAGCUAUACUUGAAACUUCGUCAACACGUUUCCUACAACGUAGAAACCAUUCCUUCAUCUUUAAAAAAUGUCGUAGAUGUGAACACCUUCAGGAGGGCAAGAUGCUACGGCAAAGAUAAAAGCUGGUUUCGAUUAUUUUAUUCUUCUUUUCAUUUCCUCGAGAAUAUGAUCUCCCUUUUUUUCGGGUUUUUCCCUUUUUUUUGGGACUACGCUGGACAUCUCUUAUUCAGAUUUUCCUUUGAUUCUACUUACGAGAUUUUGCAGUCCGUUAUAUUUUUGUACGUUCUAUCAAGCUACCAGUUAGUUAUUGAAAUUCCUUGGGACGUUUACCACACUUUCGUUAUUGAAGCCCGCCACGGAUUUAACAGACAAACUUUAAAAUUUUACAUCAAAGAUCAAAUUAAAUCCUUUUUUCUUCAAUUAUUUGUUACUACCAUCUUUACAGCGCCUUUAUUGAAAGUUAUAAAAUGGGGCGGCCCGCAUUUUUACUUGUACGCUUGGGUUUUUGUGCUUGCCUUUAGCCUGCUUGCUCUCACGGUGUAUCCCAUCUACAUCGCUCCGAUCUUCGAUAAGUACACCCCACUGGAAGAUGGCCAGCUAAAGCGCCGUAUUGAAUCUCUCGCUGAUUCUUUGCAUUUUCCACUCACUAAGAUUUUUGUUGUCGAUGCAUCCAACCGCUCAUCGCACAGUAAUGCCUAUAUUUAUGGAUUUUGGAAAAACAAGAGGAUCGUGCUCUUCGACACGUUACUUCCUGCAAAGAAAAAGGAUGAGAAAGAAGAAAAAAAGCGAGAGGAGUUCAAUGAGGAGGAAAUUGUGGCUAUACUUUCCCACGAGUUGGGUCACUGGAAACUAUCUCACAGUCUUAAAUUUUUUGUUCUCAGUCAGUUGAACAUCUUCAUUUCUUUUUUAUUUUUUGGAACUCUCAUGCACGAUCAAAAAAUUUACAACGAUUUUGGUUUUACCAGCAGCAAUCCUUUAUUGAUCGGCCUUUUGUUCAUCCUCACAUACGUUUUUGCACCGUUCAACACCCUUUUAAAGUACGCAUCUAUCAAACUUUCCCGCAAACACGAGUUUGAGGCGGAUGCUUUUUCAAAAAAAAUUGGUUACGGGGAAAAAUUAAGAUCGGCACUUAUAAAAAUUAGUCUUGGAAAUUUGGGGGAUCUGAAUCCCGAUUCUUGGUAUUCUGCAUUUUAUUAUUCUCAUCCUCCCCUUGUAGAGCGCUUGAAUGCUUUAAACGAUAAAGAAAAGAUUGAUUAGCUUUGAUUAAAC